GCUUUAAAAUGUCUUACAGUACAGUCUGUGUAUAUUAACAUUCAAUGUCAAGUUUGUAUGUUAGAAGAAAUGAAAGCAUUGUCUUUAUUUUUUUUUCAUUUCCAAAACUUCUUUACUUCUAAUUAAAGUUUAGGGCUUUGUACGUGUGGAUGUUACUUGUUAGUUACUACGAGACUUACUCUUACUCUUUACUGUUAAACUUAAAGCAUGGCUGAAAAUGAAAUUAUCUUUAUUAUAAGCAUUACUGUUAUUAAUUACAGUUACUGAAUUAACAUGAUGGGGGGGAACAACCCUACAAUGAGUAUCCCAACUUUUUCUUUUGAUUGAUAUAUAUAUAUAUACUUCCGUUCAUAACUGAUGAAAGAAUAACACAAGAUGGAUGAAACAGGAGAUUUCAGGGACUCUAUAACCCUUUUGAAUAUUCCAUGGAAUGAUGUGCUAUUUGUCUAUCUUAUUCCAAAUUUAUCUUGGGCAGAUUUGUUCCGUUUACGUCGAGUGUCAAGUGAAUUCAAGACUUUAGUUUGUGAAUACUUAAAGGUGUGUCGAAAAGUGGAUAUUUCUUUUUAUAAUUCUUACUUUUCAUCAGAUGCUUUCAAAAUCAUUAUCAAUGAUGCCUUUUUUAUCCAUGACUUGAUAUUAAAAAACUGCAAGUGGCUAACAAAUGACUUGUUGUGUCCAGUUUUUGAUAGAAAUCCAAACAUUUUAAAAGUGGACAUCUCUGGUUGCUCAGCUGUGAGUAAUCCCAGUUUACAGAUCUUAGCUGUUUGCUGUCCUGCAUUAAAAUAUUUAUCCUUGGAGGGUUGUCAUUGGGUUAGUGCAGCUGCAGUUGAAUCCCUUGCACUGCACUGUCCAGGUCUUGAAGUCGUUAAUCUGACCAGCUGUUGGGAGGUUACAGACCAGGCUGCAAGCACACUUGCUGCUUGUUGUACCAGGCUGAGAAGUUUGUCUCUUUCAAGAAUCUAUGGAAUCACCGAUAAAACCCUUUCAAUGAUUGCUGGUCAUUCUUCUUUGUUGGAACAUCUUGAUGUGGCAGGUUGUUGGAGAGUAACUGACCAUGGAAUAAGACUUGUUGGUGAAUACUGCAGGAUAUUGAAGUCCUUGAAAGUUCAAGACUGUCGAGAUGUUACUGAAGGAAGUCUUGCCACUUUAAGACUGAGAAUAGAAGUGGACCGACCUAAAAACCCAUAUUCUUACAAUGUUGUUCCAGUAUACAUGCUUCGUUUGCAGAUUUAAUGCUUGGUGUUUAGGUUGGGUAAAAUAUCAAUAAUUAGUGUGAUUUUAGAAUUAUUUAUAUAAAUUACUUAAAAUGUUAUAUAGCUUUAACAAAAUAAGCAAUGGUCUCAUGAUUAUUUUCAAUCAUAGUGAUGUAAAUAUUUGUACAGGUUUCUAUUUAAAAAAUAAUUUUCUAUUUAUUAAUGUAAUAUCUGAUUCAAAUUAUAUAUUAUGUGCUAUGAUUGAAAAAUAAGAUUUUAAAAACUAGGUUGCUCUCUUGCUUUUUUUUUUUUUCCACUAGUAGAUUCCAGCCAUAAAAAAAGGAGAAUUUAGGUGAAGCUAAAACUUGUUCAAAACGAGGAAAUACUUGUUGGUUUGGAACACCGUUACUAUUGAAAUAUGUUUUGUUUUCUACUUAAAAUUGUAAAAUUUUAAUUUUUUGUAACUAAUGUAUUCAAGUAACAUUUUUUCUUUCAAAAAGCUCAGAUUGAUAAGUAAAGUUAAUAGUUAUUGUUAAUUAACUUUAUCUCCCAUUCAACUAUAAUGAAUAUACACUUGGAUUACAAUGAGAAACAGUAAACUGUUCUUGCUUUUUUUGGAAUAAAAUUGUAAAUAUUAA